AAUACAAAUGUCAUAAUUUCAGAUAUUUGCAUGCACUGUUCUUGAAUCAAUGAGCUCACGUUUACCUCCUGCAUGUCUGUAUUAAGAACAGUGACAUAAGAGGAGUUUCCCUUGCAGUUCGAUCGGAGCACAUGACACGGAAGUAGCUGCACAUAAACAUCAUGAUGUCAGGCUUCAGCAGCAGUUCAUAAUGAUUCAUCAAAACAUGCAAACAUACACUCUGCUGUUCAUUAUCUCCGGUAUUUUUGGGUGCUCUGCUCAGUUUUAUGUUAUAGAUGAUCGGCUUGGAUUAGGGAGAGAGUUUGAUGGAAUAGGUGGAUUAAGCGGAGGAGGAGCCACUUCGAGACUUCUUGUCAACUAUGAAGAACCGUAUCGGAGUCAGAUAUUGGACUUCUUAUUCAAGCCCAACUUUGGAGCUUCACUGCACAUCUUAAAGGUAGAAAUAGGAGGCGACGGUCAAACUACAGAUGGCACAGAACCCUCUCACAUGCACAGUAAGGAUGAAGGGAAUUUUUAUCGGGGAUAUGAGUGGUGGCUUAUGAAAGAAGCUAAGAAGAGAAAUCCAAACAUCAAGCUGAUAGGUCUUCCCUGGGCAUUUCCAGGAUGGGUUGGAUAUGAAACCCAAUGGCCUUACAUCUUUCCAAAUGUUACUGCCAACUAUGUUAUUACAUGGAUCAUGGGAGCAAAGCAGCAUCACAACCUUGAUAUUGAUUAUAUUGGUAUAUGGAAUGAAAAAACAUGUGAUCCAGCAUACAUUAAGGUGCUAAGGGACAUGUUGGACCGAGCUGGUUAUACAAAUAUCGGCAUCAUUGCUGCAGAUGGAGAUUGGUCAAUUGCAGCUGCCAUGUUGAAGGAUUCAUAUCUGAAUGAUGCUGUUGAGGUGAUAGGUGUCCACUACCCAGGCACCCACACGGUGAAGGAAGCUCUGAUGACGGAGAGGAAGCUUUGGUCAUCUGAAGACUACAGCACCUUUAAUGACGACAUCGGUGCCGGAUGCUGGGCUCGCAUUCUGAACCAGAACUACGUGAACGGCAGAAUGACCUCGACUAUAUCCUGGAAUUUGAUUGCAAGUUACUACGAGAAUCUGUCCUUUGGUGGAGAUGGGCUGAUGACCGCGGAGGAGCCCUGGAGUGGACAUUAUGUAGUGGAUUCUCCCAUAUGGAUGACUGCGCACACAACUCAAUUUACACAACCAGGCUGGUUUUAUCUACAGACGGUGGGGAAUCUCACCAGUGGAGGAAGUUAUGUGGCUUUAACAGACCGUAAAGGGAACCUAACAAUUGUUAUUGAAACCAUGACACACAAUCACUCUCAGUGCAUUCGUCCUCCUCUACCGUACUUUGAUGUUUCCCCUCAGAAAGUUACAUUUCAGCUCAAAGGUUCUUUUGCACGUCUCACUGACCUUCAACUGUGGUACUCAAAAUUGGAUUUUGAGACCAAAAAAGACACGCUCUUUGAGCGGAGGAGUCCUGUUAAGGUCUAUAAUGGUUCCUUCACCUUAAAACUGGAUGUCGAUGAGGUUUACACCAUCACAACAGUCACCACUGGACAAAGAGGUUUCAACCCAGAGCCCCCCAAAUCCUGCCCAUUUCCGAAGAAUUACUCUGAUGAUUUCACUAUUGAUGUCCCUCCAUUCUCUGAGGCUCCGUAUUUUGCUGAUCAAACCGGAGUGUUUGAGUACUUUAGAAACAGCUCAGAUAAUGGCUCGCACGCCUUUACCUUACGACAGGUGGUCACUGAACGGCCGGUCACCUGGGCUAGAGAUGCUGACCAGACCAUCAGCAUCAUAGGGGACUACAGUAGGACAGACCUCAAUGUGUCCUGUGAUGUCCUCAUUGAGACGCCCAUCACUGGAGGUGUGUUCCUGGCGGCCAGGGUUGAUCAAGCUGGAGAAUCCGUCAGAGAAGCAAAGGGUGUCUUUUAUUGGCUUUAUGCAAAUGGAACAUACAAAGUGACAAAUGACAUAGGUGGAAAGAGAGUUCUUGCUGAAGGGCUGUCAGGAACAAGGGAAGGUGUAUGGUAUACCUUAACCCUUAGUGUCAAGGGAUAUUUUGCCUCAGGGAUGCUGAAUGGCUAUCCGCUGUGGGAGAACGCUGUUGUUAUCGAACCCAAGAAUGGAUGGGCUGCACUAGGAACUUUCUCUUUUGAAUAUGCACAGUUUGAUAAUUUUAAAGUAAAUGCACAUUGAUUUCCGCUUA